GGCGAUGCUGUCGAUCGCGAGUACGAAGCGCUUAUGUCCGAACUUGGUGGUGGCGGGGCUCCGGCUGCCAUCGGUGGGAGCGCUCCUCAGCAACGUAUCGAAGCUGGCCCUGGCGGAUACGAGGCGGAUGGCUAUGGCAACGACCGCGACAUGAAGCCUUGGCAACGUGGCCCGACCGGUGGUCCGGCUCCCUGGCAUCAACCUCGCCGCGAUCGCGAAGACCGCGACAGCGGCUCGGCUCCUCCUUGGGCUGCCGGUGGUGGUCGCAGUGGCAGCGAAAGUUACGGCUAUGGUGGCGCUCCCGGAGGCUACGGUGCCCCUCCUGCGGCGCCCGGCGCGGCACCCUGGCAAACGGGCGCUGCUGCCCCUCCCCCGCCUCCGGGUGGACAGUCUUAUGGCUACGGCUACCCCGGAGGAUAUGGCGACCAAGCCGCAGCUUACGGUGCUCCGCCGGGCAUGCCCGCCCCGCCUCCUGGCAUGCCCGGCAUGUUUGCCGGAUACGGAGCCGCAGGCAGCCCGCCGCCCCCGCCGCCUCCUGGCGAUGCUCCUCCGCCACCGCCUCCCGGUGAUCAGCCUCCUCCACCCCCUCCCGGUGCUUGAGUAGGUGACAAACAUGAAGAUGAAAGUGCACGUCGUUGUAGGAAGCUUUGUUAGGUCGCGGCAAAAAUUGACUGUCGAUUCCUUAACUUACUAGGUUUCACGGGCAUGGAUAGGUAGUAAGGGACGAUCGGGAUAGGCACCGGUUGUACGAAUACAGCAGAUAUCUUUGA